AUGCAAAUGACAGGAGUCGGGCACUUCCCGUUGCUGCUAGCGGUAGACAAGAAUUCCAGCACCUUUGCCAGCACGGCAAGCUUGCCUUUAGAAGCCAACCAUGUUGGAAUGAAUAAAUAUGCCACGCCACAAGAUGAGAACUACAAAUUAGUAUUGAGAGAGAUCAAGAGGAUGGUGGGCAAUAUCCAAAGCGAACCCUUCUACAUAACGCCCGAGUAUAAAGAUUGCUUGAAAACCCUUGAUUAUCCAGGUUCGGGAAAUCGCCGUGCGGCGAUUGAAAAAUCCCACAAAUCUACCCUGGGCUGCGACCUCAGUUUUUUCUUCAGCGACCGAGGCGGCGAUCUAGAUGAGCCAGAGGCAGGGUGUUUGCGCUCACUUCAACAUCAACUCUUGGAACAAAUACCGGCAUUGUCUGAGCACAUCCUUCCUGAGUACGAACUUGGGAAAGCGCAGAAUGCGGAAGUAAUAUGGCAUACUGAGGAUAUCAAAGAGAUACUCAUCUCGAUGAUUGAAAGUUCCCAUGUGAGCUCAAUUCGAAUAGUUAUAGAUGCCAUAGAUGAAUGUCAGAAUACAUCCAAGUUCACACUCUUGGACUUUAUCCAUUACAAACUUUCGAAGCUUGAGUUAACUCCUCGAAUGUUUCUCACGAGUCGGCACGAUGACAGAUUUAGUAGAUACAUGAAGCUCUUCUCCAUUAUAAAGCUCGAAAAAAAGAACGAUCCAGAUAUUAAUAGCUACAUCAACAGUGAAAUUGUGAGCCUAGGCCUUGAUCAUCCCCUGAAGGACGUAAAUGGGCUUGCGAGAUCAAUUGUUGAGCGUGCCCAAGGGGUCUUCCUUUGGGCAAGGCUUGUCUUGACCGAGCUGAGAGACAUGGCACAUGGCAGCACCUUCCCGGAACUAGAACGAGUUUUAAGUGAAAUCCCGGAAGAUCUUAAGGGCACCCUCACACUUUCCGAAUUACGCUGGGCGCUUGCCAUCGACUCCUCAACUAGUUAUGCUCCUCUGGAGUCCACCCGUGACUGUGGCUCAGGCUCUAUCCCCGAACUGAGCCAAAUGGAGGCGCGUAUAAGGAGAUUAUCCGGCGGGCUUGUUGAGGUUGUCACAUUCGAAUUUAUAGAGACUGGUAUAAUUCAACUCAUCCAUCAGUCAGUAAAGGAGUAUUUCAUUGCAACCGAUGAAACCAACCCAACGCCGCGGAUCGACCCUCGUCAGGCCCAAAGAUAUCUCGCCCGUGUGUGUAUUACCGCCGUAACAUAUCCCGACUUUACCGCUUGUUAUAAGCAGAGCCUUACUCAAUUCUUAGAAUAUGCGACACAACAUUGGCCAAGGCAUGCAUCAUUGGCGGACGUGGAAGGAAGUCGUCAGCUGGCCGCAUUCAACUGGCCCGAGUCAAUGAAGUUUGUAGCAUGGCCUGACGCUGCGGAGGAUCUAGCGUGGAAUCAAAGACGGUUGAGUCGAUUGUUACCUCAAUAUAUACCAGAGAUUCUAAUUGGCAACAUUUCAAUUGCGGAACUCGAAUCUGUUAGGGCUACAGCGUACCCACUAGCUAUUUGCUUACGCGAGGGGAUGACUUCCGACAUUGAGUAUUUUUUACAGGCGUCAGCAUCGGACGUUGAUUACUAUUUUAAUUCGUCGCAGCUCGAUCGCAAAGAGACCCUUUCAAAAACCACUGCUGUAGCGAUCGCUACAGGCCACGAACAAGCUGUUCUUCAUCUCAUUAAGCAUGGCGCCGACCCGGAUUACAAGAUCGAUUGUAGUAGACUCAAUCUCUUAGCGCUGGCAGCUGCGUAUUGCCGGGGUUCUAUAAUAAAACUACUCCUUGACAAUGGCACAAAACCCAAUUCCCACUGUUAUCACCAUAUGUUAAUUGCUAUUCGGGUGGGAAGUCUGGCAACAGUGAAGGCUCUUAUCGAUAAUGGCGCCGAUUGUAAUUUGCGAGGCACCGAAGAGCUUUGGGUGCUGCGCGACGACCUGACGUCCGGGACACACGGAAGCAUCCGCCUCGUGCGCAACCAAAGCCCACUUCAGCACGCGAUACUAUGCAUGAUGCAUGAUGGGGGCCGUAGUGAGCAGCUCGUCCAUCUUCUUCUCGAUAAUGGUGCCAAGGUCAAAGGCCUAUUCCCCUUCCCAUUAUUCAUUAGUUCCCCCCAAAGAUUGGCUAAGUGCAGUGGGUUGCCGGAACCUAAGCAUGGCUGUGGCUCAUUAGGGGAAACACCGUUGCAUAUCGCAGCAGUAGGUGGGUAUACUGGAAUCAUGCGACGGCUUAUUGCUCUUGGAGCCAAUGUAAACGCCCUUGCUUACCCGGUCAUACAUUAUGGUGUAACCCCGUUGGAGGCCGCGGCUUUUCAUGGGCAAAUGGCAGCGGUACAACUACUCCUUUACCACGGCGCCGAUGUGGCGUCAAUGGGACCUGAGUAUAAUGGGAGCGCUGUGCACGCAGCCGCAGAGGGCGGGCAUGUGGGGGUAUUGCGACAAUUUCUCCCCCUGUUUGCAGCCAGCGUGAGCUCUAUCGUUGGAGAGGAGCAUCCUCUGUAUUUGGCGGCAUUUUACAAUCAUAGGGACUGCAUAACCGAGAUUGUGAAGCAAGGUAGUUUUGGCGUCAUCUUCUGGAACAGGUGUGGCCAAUUUUAUAUGGCCGAGCGCCACAUGAAGUACUUCGACUGGGAGUCAUGGAUGGGUCACACUUGGGUAGCAGAUCCCCUCACAGAGGGGAGGAAAGCAGCCGCUUGCGCUCUCAUCACAGAAUUGAUUUUCGAGAGAGAGCAUCGUCACGUGCAAUACUGCGGCACCCCUGAGAUGAGACUAUACCUACAGGAACCUCUCCGCACAUUCUGCAACUUUCUACGCGAUGACGAGGGCGGUGAUUCCCAAAAAGCGGGUUAUUACAGAUCACCUUUAUGUUACGUGCCCCAACACGAAAGAAGUACGGAAUUUUGUGACCGAAGCUGGCGCCCCUCGUCAUGGGAGGAGUUACCCUCCUGGAAAAAUUAUCAAGCGCCGUCGGAACUCUUCUGGAGUACUGUGCACCGCCCCAUUAGCACUUUGAGCCAAUCCCCAGAUUCUGAAACAAAAUUUGAUUUUACCAUCGGUAGCGAGGAAGGCUACUCCACCUCUAAUUCUUCGGAUGAGGACGAUCUUGAUGCGAAAGAAUAG